AUGUCAUCCGGUGAUUACGGCUUGAAGUGCAAAAUAGGCCAUGUAAGAACCGAGGACCUAGAAGGUUUACGAAAGCAACUAUAUGGUCGAAUUGAUGCACUGGCAAAGUUAAUUCAAAAUGAUAUUAAAACCUACGAAAACACCAAGGUGAAUACGACCGAGGAGUUUAAGGAUCUUAAGGGGGCUAUCCAACUAUUGGAAAAAUACAGGCAUGAUGUAGACAUAGCCGAAAACCUGGAUCAAUUGCACCUGGUUGAGCAUAAUAUGAACUGGGAGGAACAGUAUGAACAGGUAGCUGUUAAGCGCCUUGAUUAUUUGCUACACCACUAA